AUGGAUAAGCCAUUUGGCAAGCUUAUCCGUUCCAACUUAUUUACCUUUCACAUUGGACCCGAAAAGGUUCCUUUUGUGGUUAAUUCAGAGGCCAUAGCGAAGCAAUCACCCGCCUUGAAUGCGCUCAUAAAUAGAAAUAUGAUUGAGGCUCACUCCAAAAUCGUUGAUUGGCCAGAUGUUGACGAAGAUACAUUUGUUCGGUUCUGCGAGUUCUGCUACCGGGACGACUAUUCUCCUCCCAGCUGUGCAUGGGAUAUCAGCACUGAUGAGAAAGAAGAGCCGCCACAGGAAGCGAGGGCUACAUCCAACGAAGAAGCGCCUUUAUCUAUUUAUAAAUAUUUUGACGAGCCGGAUGCAGAACUAUCUCCCAGCCCAUUUCCGAGGAAGGGAAAAAAUGGAAAGAAGGCCCCAUCCGAGCCCCAAGACCUCCUUAGUGAUAGCGAUUAUUCUCCUCCGGAGCACUUGACGCACUCUACUCAACAGUUUAAACCCUUCUCCAACGUCUGCGAAGACCAAGACUUCACUCCCGUUCUCCUCGGACACGCCCAACUGUAUGUGAUAGCCGACAAAUACUGCAUCCAGCCCCUCAAGGACCUCGUGCUAUACAAGCUCUAUACGACUUUGAAAGGGUUUACCAUCUUUCCCAGGCGGGUUGGAGAUAUCAUCGCGCUGAUCAGAUUUACGUAUGAUGACGGCAACACAUGCGGGCAGAUGAAAGAGACCGACCCUUUGAGAAAGCUGGUAACGCGGUAUGUGGUAACUAAGAUGGAAAUUCUUGCUAUGGAGGCAGCCUUUCUGGAACUCUUGCAAGAUGGGGGCGACUUCGUUACUGCUUUCUGGAAGGUCGUAUGGGAAAGGCGAACUGAACUGCUAAAAGUGCAGGAGACAUCAGCGUUUUCUAGUUGUUGGGAUUAG